GGCUUUACGUGCACCGUGUAAUUUCUUUUUUUUUUGCACUUCACGGCACAAACGCUGCUUGCGGUGGCAACUCGAAUCACUCACUGACGGGGUAGACGUGAAGCACAUGCACGUGUGCGGCGGGGCAGCGGACAACAACCGGAUUGAGGGUUUCACAUAAAGCGCACCAGUGCACCACAGCACAUAUACAUCUAUACAUAUACACUCACGGGAAACGUGAUACUAAUCAGCAUAGAAAAUACCCUCCUCGUCGUUUUCAUGUCCGCGCUGAAUGACAGUCGUAACGUGAGCGGCCAGGCAGACUACAAAACCUGGCAGAAUGGAGCGUCGCUUCCGGAGAUUCAAGCAGACUUGGACAGCGGCUUCGAUGCAGCGUACCCGCCGGGUCUUUCGCAACGAAACGACGCGUACGACCCGAACGGAUUCACCGUAGAGCACCAGAUCCGCACACUGCGGCAAAUAGCAGAGCGUCACGAGCGCCAAAUUGUUGCCUUGACAACUGACAAGCAUGAGCACUGUAACAACUUAGCAACGGUCUUCCAGCAGCUGGAAAAGGUCUUGGAGAAGUUCAAGCUCCCUUCUCUCACUUCCCGUGAUGGACAGCACGCCUUCUCAGCAAACCUGCCGGCGUCGUUAUCAUCAGGGAGUCCGUUUCCAGCGGGGGACGACAUCACCGGUCACGCCGCUGACAGCUACGCCAACAAACCUGCAUCGUUUUCGCAAAAGAGAAGCGCCGAAGGGAAGCUUGAUGAGCUCCUGUGCCACCACCGCGAUCAGGUCUUCGAUGUACUGGCCGAUUACCGGAAGCAAAUAGAGAAGAGCGAGCGCGAGACAAAACGGCGAUUGGACGCCGUGGAACAGUCGACCGCACACCUGCAGAGUGACGUGAAGGAACUCCUUCAGCUCCUGCGCAGCGCUGAAGAGAACCAGCGGAGCGCAGAGAGUCGUCAUCGCGAUGACGUGCGCGAGUUAACAAAGCAGCUCGACGCGCAGAAGACGGCGCUCGACCGGAAAACAAACGAUCACACGGAGAAGGUGCAGCACUGCUGUGACGCGCUAAGCGCCUGUCUCGCGCAACUCAGCGAAGAAACGAAAUCGAUCAAGGCGCAGCAACAGCGCAGCGAGAAGGAGUUGGACCGGCAGAUCCGUUCGAUUGUUGUCACCGAACAGCAAGUAGCGGAGGUGCUGGAGCGGCAGAGUCACAGUAUAACGCGACUCGAAACACAAGACUCUCUUGAGGGGGCCUUUCACGAAGUGAAGGACUGGCUCGGUGACUUAGAGAAACGUAUGGUGAGCCGUGGUGAACUGCUGAAGUGGACGGAAUCGUUGCAGCAGGAAAUGAAUACACUGCGGCGUCUCGGUGGUCCGUUGAGGGGUACGAGUGAGACUUCGACUCCUUCGCGUCCACAAGACCAAUAA